UGGCUCGGUGCAGUGCUGGAGCGACGAGUGCACUUUUCUUUCGUCAAAAGCAAGAAGCGCAGUUUCCAUUUGUGCAUGGAGCUGAGAGAGAAGUGUGUGGUCGUGCGGAUAACUUAAGAGAACGGCGGUUUGCUUCUGUGCCAAGAGACCUCGGAGACAAGCGUGCGUUUGCCUGUGUGUGUGUGUGUGUGUGUGUGUCUGUCUGGUUGCAUACAGAAGCUGAGAUUCCAUGGAUCUCAAAACUUACCAUGGAAAUAUUUGCAAGCAAACCUGUGAGCAGUUGCUUUCCAGGAAGGGGAAGGAUGGAGCUUUCUUGAUUCGAGACAGCGAGACCAUCCAGGGUGUCCUGUGCCUCUGCGUUUACAAACAGAAGAUGGUCUAUACCUACAGAAUCAUGCAGACCCAUACCGGACAGUACACCUUACAGACUUCCCCUGGUGUGCAGGAAAAGUUUUUUAAGACACUGGAAGACCUCAUCAAAAACUACAAGAGAAGGGGCCAGGGUCUAGCCACGCAGCUCGGUCACGGUGUAAAGAGAAAGACUCGGCUACAACAGAGACACGUCCAGGACGAGACUCCUGACUAUGAGGAAGUUGAAGACUCAUCAGACUACGUUGUUGUCCUGCCGUCUUGAAUCGGUUACAUGAACCCACCCUCCUGUUCCUUUGGCCACAGUGAUGGCUUGAUCCAAUUAAUGUUCAAGUCAAGGGAUCAAUCAUUGGAUGUAAGGGACGUGGCGUGUUCUGUGGAGAGUCACACAACGGCCAGUGUCUCACUGCAGUCAGAACGAAAACCGCCAGUCCUGAACUCCUGUGAAGUAAAGUUUCAUCUUUCUUUUCCUCAAAAUAUUUCUUGCUGAAAAUGUAUUUAGUUUGCAAAUGUUUAUUGUUAGCUGUCUGUAUAAUUUAUGAAUAUUGUUAUGGUUUCCCAUCAAACCAUCUUUGUAAAACAGUUUGAAGCUAAAAAUGCUGUAGCUAUGUCUGAAACAGCUUACUUGCCAACUGCUGAGUAUAUACACUCAGUGAGCACUUUAUUAGGUAUUUAUUAGACUUAUGUUUUAGACUUCUACUGCUGUAGCUUGUGCUGUUCUGCAUACCGCUGUUGUAAUGUGGGGUUAUUUGCGUUACUGUCACCUUCCUGUCAGCUUUGAUCAGUCUGGCCAUUUUAUUUUUAACAUUGUCACGUUUUAUGCUUGUCAUGUCAUGUUUCAUAUUUAGUUAUUGUCUUAGUUAUUUUAUUGUCAUGUCACUUAUUAUGUUAGUCUAGUUUUGCCACGGUUUUAUGUUUUUUUGCACCACUCUAGAGAGUAGUGUGCAUGGAAAUCCCGGUAGAUCAGCAGUUUCUGAGAUACUCAAACCACCCUGUUGCCACCAGUGAUCAUUCCACGGUGAAAGUCACUUAGAUCAAAUUUUAUUCCCCAUUCUGAUGGUCGAUGUGAACAUUAACUGAAGCUCCUGAGCCGUAUCUACAUGACUGUAUGCAGUGCACACAAUUGGCUGAUCACAUGAAUAAUUAGGUGUAAUAAAGUAAGAAUGUUCCUAAUAAAGUGCUCGGUGAGUGUAAAAUGAGUACAUUGGAUGACAAAGUUAAAUCUGUGUCCUCAAUGUACAGUACUAUAUACUAAACUUAAUGCAGACUAUGCUCCAUACUAUUUGAAGGGCACAAGCAUACCCCAUCAAGACUAAAGUAUAGAAACAUAUGAUAAAUGAGAUUAAUUAUUCAUGGUAAGCACGGAAUGUUCUUAAAAAUGUAAAAAAAAAAAAAAAAAAAUGUAAAAAAAAGGGGCUAUUAGUUUACUUGUUCUACUGAUUAUCAUCAGUCAGUGGCAAAAUUAUGGGACCCAGUUAAUCUCCAUCAUUCCCACCACUGGAGAAAUUUCACUUUUGACCAGUUCUUAAAUAACUUGCCCAUGGUAAAAACAUAUAUAAUUGUGUAACCCGCUUAGAAAAAGGAUUUUCCAUUCUGCAUGGAUGCAAGGGGUUAAGUUCUUUUAUUGUUCUUUUUUCACCCCUCUGUUCAUGCAUGUUUUUCUUUCAUGAAAUUGGAUGGUUAGUUCUGAUCACACUUGUUUUUGUUGUGUGACCUUUCACACAUUUGUUACUUUGUUUUAAUUUAUUGUCUGGGUUUUUUUUAUUUUUUAUUAAUGACUGGGUUUCUGGGGUGGUUCCGUUUGUUUUUGUUGGCCGAGAAGGGACUGGUGGCAGUGCAGACCCUGCAGAUACAGAAUCAGCGGGCAUUCUCACAGGAGAAGAAACUCAGCAUUACGUCGCUGCCUCUGGACACUGUGCUUAUGACUGUUACUAAGUUUUAUUGUUGUGUUUGAAACAAUGUACUGCUGCCCUUCUUGGGUAGGCCUCUCUUAGAACAGUAUUUUAACUUCCAAUACAAUGUAAUGUAAAUAAAGGUGAAAAAUAAAUAACACCAGU